AUGUUCGUCGUUCGAAGAUACGAGGCACGUCUCUGGCGUAUGACAGCCGCACUAGUUGCCCCUAGCAAACGCUACCUCUCAGCUAGCACUUGUCGGCAGAUUCGUCUUAUCGACGUGAACACUCUCGAGUUGAAAGAAUUCCAGGGCUUGGAAAUCCCUCCGUAUUCUAUACUUUCGCAUACAUGGGGGCCAUCCGAGGUCAACCUUCAAGAAUGGCGGCAACCCAACGCCGUCGUCCAGCAGAAGGCAGGGUACCAAAAGAUCAUGAGAGCUUGCGAAAUAGCUUCCUAUCGAGGCUACGAAUAUCUUUGGUGCGAUACCAAUUGUAUCGACAAGGCAAGCUCUUCUGAACUAUCUGAGGCCAUAAAUUCAAUGUUCGCUUGGUAUCAGCAAGCUUCAGACGCAUUCGCCUAUUUGGUUGACGUGGAACCAUUCUCGGCUGCCUUUGUGGAGCGUUUGGCAGCAGUUGAACAGCAUCUUAAGGUUGAGCAAGGACAGGAAAACUUCGAAUUUCUUCUCAAAUACUUUAAUAUGGAAAUCUCCGAAGAACGAGCGGCUACUGAACUGGGAGAAGAUGAUACUGAUCCUGCUUCAACCAGAUCGUCUGGCUAUCUGAACUACGCAGACGCACGCCAAGCACACACAUUCGACGUUCAAUCCUUGGAGAACAGUCGAUGGUUCACCCGGUCCUGGACGCUCCAAGAACUGCUUGCACCGAAAAGCCUUACCCUUUAUGCUCGCGACUGGACGCCUAUUGCCGGGAAACAAGCGCUCAGCCCCAUUCUAUCUGUCGUCACUGGCAUUGACGAGGACUGUAUCAAAGGCAAGACUCCUAUCAGUCAAUACAGCAUCUCUCACAGACUUUCAUGGGCUGCAGGCAGAGAAGCCACCCGUGAGGAGGACGUUGCAUAUUCCUUGUUAGGUUUAUGCGACAUUAAUAUGCCCUUGCUAUACGGCGAAGGUACCAAGGCUUUCAGAAGACUUCAACAAGAGAUUAUUCAGACCUCUGCCGACGAAAGCAUAUUUGCGUGGGAGCCCCCAAUAACUGUUCUCAAACAGAAUAAUACAGAAAUAAUGCCGUUACUUGCCCCCAGUCCUUCCGUUUUUCGUUCGACGACACUGAGUUCCAAGGCUGCGAGGCCGAGCGGUAUGCCUUACUUCCCAACGAAUGCUGGUCUUUCGAUUAAUCUACCCAUCCUCCGUACCUACAAAAAAGACCUGUUCUUUGCUGGUCUCAAUUGCGGCCCAUCAGACAAUCAACAGACAUGGCUACCUCUAACUUUACAAGGACCCGACGGCCACAACCAGUACGCCAGGAUCCGAAGUUCCCGUGGUGGUAUCAUAUUGCCCCGACAACAGCACUCCAUUCAAGAGCGCGAAGCCCUUCUUAUACACGACUUCAACUGGAAGUUCCACGACCCUAGGUUCCCCAUUCGACCUGACAUAGACUUCAAAGAAACAUUCAAAGGCCUUACGGACACAUUGCAACAACAUGACGACGUCAAAUUCCUAAUCAUGUUUCCUGACACUGGGCCAACGCACCGCAUUAGCAACGUAGCCGCCACCACGGCUUGCUUCUGGGCCGAGGAACACAGCCUGUUCUCCAUGAGCAAGUCUUCCAUGCCCCCAGGGUUGGGAAAGAAUACCAAAACUGAAUAUGCGGUUUUGAUGUUCGAGCCAUCAAAUGAACAAAGCGAGACCACUUUGCCAUUUGCUCUGAGUUUCCGCCUGGACUUCAGUCAAGAUCAACUCAACAGUGUCAGUGGAAUGGCUGUAACAGAGGUUGAUUUGCAGAGUAUAAAACAAGUCAGAAAUCAGACUUUGUUGGAAAACGCCAUGUGUUACAUGUCAUCUCGGUCGCAGUUCGACAUGUUAUGUAACGCAUCAUUCCCAAAUGUUCAUAGCAUAUCGCACCAAGAUCUUCAAAAGUCCAUCAAACAAGGUGAAAGUUAUGGCGGCGAGUCUCGUAGCAAUUUCAUCGCUCCGAGAGCCAUGUUGGGCUCAAGUCACAAAAAUCCGCAUCUCAUUCCCGUCGUUGUACAAUUCUCGCAACUAGGACUUAGUUUUCAAAGCUUUCGAUAUUAA